UGUCAGCUGCCUGCUUUGAGCGUAACUUGACCAGGACAUCCCUGGUCGCACCCCUGAUUCUUGGUCUGCUUCUGCAGCCACCGCUGACACAGCUUUCCAUCGUCACACAGCCAAACAUUGUCCUGUUGAUGGCUGAUGACCUCGGCAUAGGGGACGUAGGUUGCUAUGGGAAUGAUACUAUCAGGACCCCGAACAUUGAUCGCCUGGCAAAGGAAGGAGUGAAACUGACCCAACACAUCGCUGCGGCUCCACUUUGCACCCCCAGCAGAGCAGCUUUCCUUACUGGCAGAUAUCCCCUCCGAUCAGGGAUGGACGCUAUAAACAAUUACCGCGUUAUUUUUUGGAAUGGCGGCUCAGGAGGGCUUCCUCCGAACGAAACCACUUUUGCCAAAAUACUGCAGCAGCAAGGUUACAGCACAGGACUGAUAGGGAAGUGGCAUCAAGGUGUUAACUGUGAAUUCCGCAACGACCAUUGUCAUCACCCUUUAAACCACGGGUUUGACUAUUUUUAUGGGAUGCCUUUUACGCUAAUAAGUGACUGCCAACCAACGGAAACACCAGAGAUGGACAGAGUCUUUAGAAGGAAACUCUGGGUUUACACUCAGAUGAUUGGCCUCGUUACACUCACCGCUGCCUUAGGAAGACUGACUGGCUUGAUUUCAGUCCGCUGGAAAACUCUGACCUGCCUUGCUGGGUUUAGUCUCCUGUUCUUCAUAUCCUGGUUCUCAAGUUAUGGGUUUGUACGAUACUGGAACUGCAUUAUGAUGAGAAACCACGAAGUUACUGAGCAGCCAAUGGUGACAGACAGGACUACGUCCCUUAUCUUGAGAGAGUCCAUUUCCUUUAUUGAAAGAAAUAAGCACAAGCCAUUCCUCCUCUUUCUUUCCUUUUUACACUCCCACACCCCUCUCCUCACCACAGAGAAGUUUCUUGGGAGGAGCAGCCAUGGUUUAUAUGGAGACAAUGUAGAGGAGAUGGACUGGAUGGUGGGUAAAAUCAUAGAAUCA